GCACUGCGCGGGAGGAAGGCGGACGAGGGAAGGGAGUCGCGCGGGGUCCAUCGCGGGGGCUACCGAUCUCUCAUCAGCGGCCGUUCGCUUUAUCCACCGAGGUCCGAGUAGGAGCCGAUUAAGGAGUCGACGUUCGCCCUUCAUUCUCUUCUUCCCUUCCUCUCAACUGGCGCUACAACUUCGUAGAAUGAGUUAUCGAUCGCGGGUUUGAGUCUCUUUGUCGGAGGAAGUGACCAGGAGGUGUUCGGUCGGUCGGUCAGCGCAGCUUCAGCCGAUUCCACGGAGAAAAAGAAAGGAAAGACCAAACUUCCUUUCAUCGGAAACGACGGCACCGGCAUUAAUCUAGGCGACGCGUUAAUCUGUCACACUUCCUUGAAACAUUAAACAAUGGCAUUCCUUAUAUACGUUAUCCUCGGCAUAUGCUUCCUUAUUUUUGUUUAUAUCCUUGGCAAAAAUUACAAAACGUUUCGACUCCCUCCGGGACCACUCGGCAUCCCCUUCCUCGGGUAUCUACCGUGGUUAGAUCCCAAGAAUCCUCACGUGUCGUUGAUGAAUCUCGCGAAGAAAUACGGACCGAUUUGCGGGCUUCGAAUGGGCUCUGUGUACACGAUCCUGCUGUCGGAUCCUCGGCUGGUGAGGCAGGCCUUUGCUAAGGACGCAUUUGCCGGCAGGGCUCCACUCUAUUUAACGCACGGAAUGAUGCAGGGAUACGGCCUUAUUUGCGCCGAGGGUGACCUUUGGAGAGAUCAAAGAAGGUUCGUGACCGGAUGCCUGAAGAAUCUCGGUAUGGUGAAAUUCGGCUUCAGAAGGGACAAGAUGGAGGAAAGGAUUCUCGCUGCCGUGGAACAAUGCGUAUCGAAACUAAGAAUUCGAGCGACGGCAGACGGUAUCGAUCCAUUAGAGACGCUUCAUCACCACAUGGGUAAUUUGAUAAACGACCUCGUGUUCGGCAAGGUUUACGAGGAGGAUGACGACGUGUGGAGGUGGCUGAGGCACUUGCAGGAGGAAGGAGUCAAGCACAUCGGAGUCGCGGGGCCGUUGAAUUUUUUGCCGUUUCUCAGAUUCGUACCACGAUAUGGCAGAAUAAUGCACUCACUAAUUGACGGCAAGAUGAAGUCACACCAGGUGUACCAAAUGAUCAUCGACGAGCAUCGUGCUCGACGCGAGAAGACGGACAGCUUUCUCGCGGCUUUUGACGAGGAGAUGAGGAGUAGGGCCGACGCGGGCACCACUGGAUACUUUACUCGGCCACAAUUCUAUCAUUUGUUGGCAGACCUCUUCGGCGCUGGUGUCGACACCACCCUAACGACCCUGCGUUGGUUCCUGCUCUUCAUGGCGGUCUAUCCGGACGAGCAAAAAAAGAUUCAGGAUGAAAUGAACGACCUGUUGGGAGAAAGGCAGCCUGGCUUGAUAGACAGACCCGCUUUAAUUCGACUAGAGGCGGCCAUCUCGGAGGCACAAAGGUUGCGAAGCGUUACACCGGUUGGCAUUCCUCAUGGUACCACACAGGAUACACAAAUAGGGGGCUACGACGUGCCGAAAGGUACCAUGGUUAUUCCGCUGCAAUGGGCCAUCCAUAUGGAUCCUUGCUAUUGGCACGAGCCACUCCGCUUUGAGCCCGGGAGAUUCAUCGCGCAGGAUGGAAGUCUUGCCAAGCCGGAAGCCUUUCUACCUUUUCAAGCGGGUAAACGUAUGUGCGUCGGCGACGAGCUGGCCAGGAUGAUAUUAUUUCUUUUUGCUGCAAGAAUUCUCCGCUCGUUCGUUAUUUCGCUGCCAGCCGGCGCAUGUAUCGAUCUCGACGGCGAAUGCGGAAUCACCCUGGUGCCGAAGCCGCAUCGCUUGGUUUUUACGUCGCGGGAAUAAAUUUGCAUAAAUCCUCGAUAUUCUCUCAUAUAUAUAUGACAUGUUACGCAAUGCUCUCUAAAAAUGCACACGCAAAUAUGUACGCUUAAUUUUCGCUUUAUGUAAGUGUUUGCAUUAAAUCCCGUUGAGAAA